UCAACUUUCAACACUAGUGCUCCCUGACUCGGAAUGAUUCAUUCACAUGGAUAUAAUUAGAUAAUCUUGAUUGUCUUUUUUAGAUUUUUUAAUUAGUAACUUUUAAUUUUAUCGAUAGUUCAUAAUGGCACAGCACCAAUCUGGCAGCUCCACAACAACUCUAUAUAACAGGGCUUGCAAGGUGACUAAUCUUCACAUCGAUCUCACUGCAGGUCUCUCUCUUCCCUCUCGCAUACAAAUUCAUAUAUAGAAAGAUGGAGCGUUCAAUGCGUUUGUUUUCGACUGCCUUCGUCUUUGUUCUUCUUUUGGUGGCUACAGGGAUGAUGGGACCACUGCUUGCGGAGGGUAGGACCUGUGAGUCUCAGAGCCGCAAGUUCAAGGGAACCUGCCUGAGUAAAACCAACUGUGCAUCUGUUUGCCAGACUGAGGGCUUCCCUGGAGGCAAUUGUCGUGGCUUUCGCCGCAGAUGCUUCUGCACCAAACAUUGUUAAUUAGCUAUUAAUUAAUGAUGAGAUGAUCAUCAUUAAUCAUACAUGUAUGAUAUAUAUGUGUGACAUGUGGGGGUAUUACGAUUAAAUAAUCGUUUAAUUAUCAUUCCGUGCAUGGAUACCUACGUACGUGUAUGUUUGUGUGCUACUAGAAUAAAUUACAAACCCAAUCUUUCACAGUUGGGUUAUCAUUAAUUGUUCUUUUGUUCUUGUUUAUUAAGUAAAACUAUCACCGCGUGAGUUACUUUGUAAUCUCUUAUGGAUAUGUUCAUUUUAUGUAACUUCCAUAUUUCAGAACAACGUCUUUGUAAUACCCUACCGUUUGCAGUGCAAUAAAAGAUGAGUUUCUCGGUCUUUUUAACUGAGAUAUGGA